AUGGAGGCUCGGAGGAUCCGAAUUUUCUUCUCCGAUCCUGACGCAACAGAUUCGGACUCCGGCGACGAUCCAACUUCCGGCGUCUGCGCACCCACGAAAUCAGCCGGCAAGACAGAGCUCGUGAUCUUGCAAUGCAAUAGCAGGACCAACACCAGGGGGGCCAAGAUGAACCCUGCUGGUGCUGGGUGUGGUCGACCUCAAGCAAUACGCUCGUUGGCGCUGCCUGCGGCGGGGAGCAGCCGGAACCGCGCCGUCGGGUCCGCGCCCACGACGAGGCGGUACCGCGGCGUGUACGAGCGCCAGCCCGGCCGGUGGGCGGCGGAGUUCCGCAGCCACCGGCUCAAGGUCCGGCACUGGGUCGGCACGUUCGCCACCGAGGAGGAGGCCAAGGCCGCCUACGACGCCUUCGAGAGGCAGUUCCGCUCGUCGCCGCGGCCGCGCUGUGGCACGCCGGCGUCGCCGCCGGAGCGCGGCGCCAACGCCGGUUGCGUUCGCAGAGCGUCCCAUCCACCCACAGAUGAGAAGCGGCAGAUUGUACUGGCUCUGACGGCGGCGGCGACGACUAGGAUGCUGCCGCCGCCGUCGGCGGGUGCGACGAUGGCGGCGUCCGUGUCCGUCCCGUCCGCGCCGCCGUGCAUCUUCUCCUCGAUGUGGGCAUCGUCGCCGCCGACGCUGUUCCGGGAUGAGCGACGGCGCGAUGAUGCGCCGCGGAGUCUUCAUUCGAUCUGGGCCGACGAGCCCGCCGACGAGGAUAUCCUAGGGCUAGCCGAUCUUGCGCACCUGCCAUUGCCGCGGUUCUCGGAUGCCAGCGUGGACUUUGAUCCGGCUGAUUUGUCGCUGUUUGAUAACGGAUUCUUAUGA